ACGGGUUAGAGGUGUCUCUGUUUUGGAUCUCGGUGUCUCUGUGAUUCCGCUGCUCUGUUGCUCUGCUGCUAUCAACUCCGAGUCCGAAAAUCCAGUUCCAGUUUAUCCCCAGCAGGCAGCAUGUGCGGACGUAGUGCUGCUCCUGCUGCCGCAUUUUCUUAUCGCGCUCGCGUGCCUUCCACCUGAGCAUCCACCACCGGCUUAUCGUGUGUUUAUCGGACGCAGAUCAAAAUCGAAGACUCAGAUAUCGAGAUUAAUAUCCGCUAACAGUGUUUGUCGAAAAUCAAUUGUUAUACUCAAAAGACAUCAUAAAAUUCCAUAACGAAAGGACAAUGUGAUUUAAAGUGAAUUUUAAUAGUGAUGAAUGAAUAUAAAAUUUUAAUCCAACACAAAUACAACUGGCGUACGUCGACAAGGCAAAUUGUUUCCCACGGUUUCGUAAAAUGCAUUUCGAGUCGUAGUAAUAACUCCACCGAUUUACCCACAGAGCGUGCCGAUCUGAAUCGUUGAAAAUGGGCGAUACCUUGGACGAGACGCUGCCCACGCGACGCGACAAGCCGCAAACAUUGAACAUUGGCCAGGAGGAGGAGGAUUGUGUGGGUAUGGGUACCGCUCCCGCCCCGGCACCCGCCACCUCCCCGGCGUCCUCCAUGGCCAUUCCCGCUCCCCGCACACCGCGCAACCGGUUGCGUCACGCGGAUCGGGAUCAGAAACGCGAUCACUCGAGCGACGGUCUUGUUUCGAGUGGAGAACGGCGGGACGAAUUUAUGGGUCUCGAGGCCCAGCCGCGUCGCGAAAGCCUGAAUAGUUGCGAGGCCGGCAGUCCGGUGGCCUUGUCCUCCAGUCCCGGCAAGACGGGCCAGCGGCUCAACAGCUCCAGGUACCCGUCCAGCGGCUCCGGCGGCGGCAUCGGCGUCAGCGUCCUGGGCAACCUCAUGGGCACCACCACCCGCAAGUGUGUCCUGACGCUGGACGGGUACUCCUAUGUCAUAGUUGCCAGCACGCCGGAGAGUUUGCCCAACAAGCGGGACGAGGCAAGUGGUGGGGCAGGCAGCACCGGCGGCAGCAGUGGUGCAGCGAGCGGUGCAGCAAGUGGGUCGGCUGGACCUGCAACUGGAACUGGGACUGGAUCUGGAGCCGGAGGAGCAGGUGGUGUCAGCACGCCGGCCCAAGAAGCCGUCAGUCCCACGGUCUCCGAGCUCAGUGGCAGCGGCACAAAUGCGACAAUAAAUGGUCAAGUGGCAAGACACGGCUCACUGACGAUUAUCCGACGCACAAACAGCCGCAACUUUUCCCAAAUCGACGGCCAGUUGGCAUCGCCCUCGACCACCGCCUCCAGCAGCACAGUUCCGGGAAUUAACUUCGCCCAGACGCCGCUCAGUGACCCACUUGCGGAGCGCCUGUGCUUUCGUUCCGGGAGCAACGGAUCCGCAUCCACAUCCACGCCCGCCGGCGACAGCCGAUCCAGCAAUCAGGCCACCAGCUCAGGGCCAUCCGCCAACGCCGCCGCCAAAAUGCAGCCAUCGUCGCCGAAUGCCACCAACUAUCUGGCCGACAACAUUCAGGUCUCGUCGGCCACUCUAUCGCAAACGGAAAUGGUCCCGGGUCGCGAUUCGACGGACUAUACCACCAUGCACUCGAUAAACGUCGGCGCCGGCAACAACUCGUUCCUGCGGGGGGACACCGAUAUUCCGCAGGAGUCGGGACACUCCUUCGAAACGCCCUCGAAUAUAUCGUUCGCCGCCGGGCAGUGGGAUACGGAAAGUUUGCCGCAAGUCGACACGCCAGAUGCCCUUAACAAAGCGGCCGGGAGAAUACGCAGUCUGCUCCGGCGCAUGGACCAUGAGACCGUUGCCUACGAAGAUAUGCAGCGCAAUCUACAUUAUGCGGCUCGUGUACUCGAAGCCGUCUUCAUUGACGAAUCAAGAGAGGGCUGCAACGGGAACUGCAAGAACCUGAGCUGCAGUCGCCACAGCCACGGACGAGAUGACCGGCAGCAGCAGGUGGACAACAACAACUCGAACAGCAGCUGCAGCCUGCAGGAGGUGGCUCCGGGGGGAGCAGGCGGUGGUGGGGCCCCGCCGGCGGGUGACAACCAGGACAGCAUAGCGGGUCGCACCAAGGGCGUCUCCCUGGCGCCGCAGACACACAGCGGACCCACUGGGCCCCCAUCCUCGCCAGAAACCAGUUCCGCCACCCCACCUGCUCCCAAACUCCAGCCCGCCCUCGAGACCGUAAGGGAAUCGGUGAUGGAGGAGGGUCCUUCGAAGGAGCCAGGCGACCAGGGAGCACCACCGACCACGGAACCGAGUGCCAAGGCGGCGGCGGAGGGUUCAGGGGCCAGCGGCGGCAGCAGUGGCAGCUGCAGUAACCCAGCGACCGUGCACCGGCAACGGCGCCUCAGGACACCCACCUGGGCCAGGUCCAUGUCGACGAACAAAACGCGCCUGGCGGACGAGGACGAUGAGCUGUCGGAGGUGCAGCCGGAUGCAGUGCCUCCGGAGGUGCGCGAGUGGCUGGCCUCGACCUUCACCCGCCAAAUGGCCACCAGCCGGCGCAAGAGCGACGAGAAGCCCAAGUUCCGCUCGGUGGCCCACGCCAUCCGGGCGGGCAUCUUCGUGGACCGCAUGUACCGCCGCGUCUCCAGCUCGGCCCUCACGGCCUUCCCACCGGACGUGGUCAGGCUGCUCAAGAACCUGGACGACUGGACGUUCGACGUGUUCGCCCUGACGGAGGCGGCCAGUGGCCAGGUGGUGAAGUACGUGGCCUACGAGCUGUUCAACCGCUACGGGUCGAUCCACAAGUUCAAGAUAGCGCCCGGGACGCUGGAGGCGUUCCUGCACCGCGUGGAGGAGGGCUACUGCCGGUACAGGAACCCGUACCACAACAACCUGCACGCCGUGGACGUGAUGCAGACGAUCCACUACUGCCUGUGCAACACGGGCCUGAUGAACUGGCUGACGGACCUGGAGAUCUUCGCCUCGCUGCUGGCGGCCCUGCUCCACGACUACGAGCACACGGGCACCACCAACAACUUCCACGUGAUGUCCGGAUCGGAGACGGCCCUGCUGUACAACGAUCGGGCCGUCCUGGAGAACCACCAUGCCAGCGCCAGCUUCCGGCUGCUGCGCGAGGACGAGUUCAACAUCCUGUCGCACCUGUCGCGCGAGGAGUUCCGCGAGCUGCGCGGUCUCGUCAUCGAAAUGGUCCUGGGCACCGACAUGACCAACCACUUCCAGCAGAUGAAGGCCAUGCGGCAGCUGCUGACGCUCCAGGAGGCGACCAUCGACAAGCAGAAGGUGCUGUCCCUGGUGCUCCACUGCUGCGACAUCUCGCAUCCGGCCAAGCAGUGGGGCGUCCACCACCGCUGGACGAUGCUCCUGCUGGAGGAGUUCUUCCGCCAGGGCGACCUCGAGAAGGAGCUGGGCCUGCCCUUCAGCCCGCUCUGCGACCGCAACAACACCCUGGUGGCCGAGUCGCAGAUCUGCUUCAUCGACUUCAUCGUGGAGCCCAGCAUGGGCGUCAUGUCCGACAUGCUGGAACUGAUCCUGGCCCCCAUUGCGCCGAUGAACAAGGGCAAGCCCGCCACCCUGGUGGAACAGGAGCCACCGUCCUCCUCGAUCGUGAUCCCCAACUCCGGGAUCACCCCCAGCAUGGACAAGCCAAGGGGCCCCAACGAGGUCAAGGCCACCGCCGCCGAGUGCCUCGCCCGCAAGAGCGUCACCGGCACCACCUCCAAGUUCAACAUACCCAAGCCCUGGCUCACCUGCCUGGUCGAGAACAAGCGGAUAUGGAAGGAGCAGGCCGUCAAAGAUGCUGAGGCCCGAGCUUUGGCCACGGCAGCGGAAGAAGCCGCAGCGGCAGCAGCGGCGGCGGAAGAGGAGGAGAACAAGCCGAAAGCGGAAGCGGAAACGGCCGAUGGCGAACAAAGCGAGGCAAGCGCGGAGCCGGCAGAUGGCGCUGCCGCCUAAACUGGCCACCACGCCACCUGUCGGGCAACAGAAUGCAAAAUACAAAAUACAGACGGAGACUUGGGAACGAAUACGGAUGGCUACACUGAAAGAAACUGAGGAACGAUGGGCUCCAAGAAUUAUGUUUACUAAGCUUAGAAGCAGUCUAGAAUAUUAAUAACAAACCGCUUCUGAUGCGCUCUCUAUGUGAAUUGUGGUAGAGUUAGACUAGUACAUCAUCUAUAUAGGCUUAGUUGCGGAACAUAAAUAUCGUUAUAUAUGUAUAAAUACUGUAUACUUUGUUGUUGCAAGCGGAAAAACAAUACAACACACAAGAAAACUUAAGGAAAUAUUAGGGCCAAGCACAAAACAAACAAACAAAACACGAGUAGAUGUAAAUAGCGAAGAGUUCAACUGAAAUUUGUUGUGAAUUUGUUGGUUCGUUGCGAGCAUUUAUAUUUAGAAUUGAGUUGUACUUGUCUCUUAUUAGUUUUAGUCAAAUGUGGAAUUUACUGUAUGAUUUCUAUAAGUUCGAUGUAUGCGAUUUCGUUCUAAUUAAAUACAUAUAUUUUUGUAACCGUUUCCAUUUAUUAUUUUUCCCUUACUUUUGUGUGUUUGCAUUUACCAAGCAUUCGAAUUGCUCAAUUUAAGGAGUGGUUUUCGCAAAGGGACGACAGACUCUUCGGGAGCUGUCUAGAUAUUAAGUACCUAACUAAAACUAAACCAGAAAAUACCUGACAACUAGCUAUAUGACUUGUACAUACUCUCUCCACUGACCCCUAACAGACUUUGCCCUAAACCAAGACGAAAGCAGAGGAUCUACAACUUUCCACUCUACAAAUGCACAUAGCUACCUAUACGAAAGGAUAUUUAAUAUGUAUUGUUAAGGAUAUAAUAGUCACGUUUCUACAAACAUAUUUAUUUUUAUACGAGAGAGCGGGACGAAAGUGUAGGGACGACGAGUGGGGCUUGAGUCGCAGGAGGUUUUGAUUUCCUUUCGUUUCGGUUUUCUUUUCUUUAACCAACUUGAAAUGUUUUCAAACGUUUUUCAAAAUGUCUGAUAGCGGGACCAUUCUUUUAAGAUUUACCACUGCUCUUUACCAUCGAACAGGAGCAGGAUAAAAAGGGGAAAGCCCACCGGAAAUGAGAGGAAAUUGGAGAAAGCGAUUGGGAAACCCGGACAGACCGCGUCAAAGGGCAGUGGUAAAAGUGCUUAGCAGUAAGGUACCAAAUUAUCAGCUGAAAUUGGGAUCAUAGCUUUAUUAAGGUAGUCAAUAAAUGUACGAACAAAAGUGGUGCAGAUGUGUAUAGCGGUGGGAGGCAGCAUACCAUGUCUACAAGUAGCCACAAAUUAAAAACAAACACAAACAGAACAGACGUACACAGCAGAUUAAUCUACUCCUAACCAUUAAUGGGAUAAAUAUAGCGACAGAAUAUCUAUUAUGUGAACGUAAAUAUUAUUGAACAAACAGUGUAUGUUAUAAUGUAUAUCAAACUUGAACGCUCAAAGCGAUGCGCAUAUAUGUAUAUCGUAUAUAUAGCGACCUCUCUCAAAAAUCUGUACAAAGUCCUGAUAACCUAGCGUUAGUUGCUGUAACACAGGCCGCAGACCUUCUUCAACCAAAAGCAAAGUUGUUAUUUAUCUCUGUUGAAAAAUUAGCAAACUACAGAAAUACUAAUCGAACGUAUGCAUAUGGAUAUAUAUGAGGUUUACGAUUCAAUGUUAUUAGCAAAAGUAGUCUAGUGGUAUCAUAAACACCCAUAUAAGACGACAUAUUAUGGUUCCAGCCGAUGUGCAAAGUCGUUACCAAAUAAAACUUUGGGAUGCUAUGUCCCUACCUUAGCCGAUGGAACAAUAUGGAAUACACUUGCAUACAGUAUAUGUAUAAGUUGAAAGCAAUCAUUACAUUUAAAUAAUAUAAAAUAUUUAAA